ACAAAAACAAAAACAGCAGAAGACAGGAACAUGCUUAAUUAUGCUAUGUACUUAAUGUUAUGUGUGCAUGACACUAUUUUGGCAUCAAACUCACUUCCUCACUCUUCACCCUUCACUCCUCAGUCCUCACUCUUCCACCUAAAUCCCCUCCUCAAUCUAAGCUGAAUAUUAUUUUUUGAUUUUUUUUCCCAAAUUGUUUUUAUUCGUUUCCUUUUUCAUCCAUUUUCAUUUUCUUAAUUCUCAUUUUUUUACCAUUUUCCUUCAAAAACAUCUUCUGCAACAAACAGAGCCUCUUUUUUGUUGUUUUCUUCUUCCUAUGCUUCCUUGAAUCCCAAAAACAACAGAAUUUCAACAUUCUCCCAUCACCCAUUUCACCAAAUCAAUUAAUCAACCUUUUUCUCUUGAAAAAGAUCUGAUUUUUGUUGUUCUCUCUCUCUCUGUCUCUCUGUUCUUGAACUGAGCGAGUUCUUGUUCUUCCACCAUUUCCUGCUGGAUAAAGACAACAAUGCUGAACCAAUCUUUGGUCAUUUUCUGCUCUGUAAAACUGUAAAGUUUUCAACUUUUUCCCUUCUCUUGCUUCGUCCUUUGUUUGUAUUAGCUCUCUGGCUCUUCUUUCAAUGUCAGAUUCUUCUUUUUUCAUUGUCAUUAUUAGCAUUAUUUAGGGUCCAUUUUAGUGCUCAGAUUCCAGCAUUGGGGGUUGGGGUUUUUGGUUCAAUUGUGAAAACUGUAACUGAAAUGAGAUCUUGAUGAGGGUAAUAACCAGUUUCAUUUCAGUGUUCUUCACAUUUCCAUUUCUUCUCUUGAUUCCACUCUCAACCCCUCAAGUUCUUCAUGAUUCGUCUAGCAGCAACAAUGUAGCAACAAUUUCACCAAGAACCCUUGAUGCAAUUCUUCAAGAUUGUGCCUUUAAGGCACUAAUUAGGCCAAAAACUGGGACACCCUAUGAUGCACAAGUCCCCAAGAAUCUCUCUGGGGUUAGUGUCUCAGCAUUGAGGCUAAGAAGUGGUAGUUUGAGGAAUAGAGGCUUCAAAUCCUACAAAGAAUUUCAGAUCCCAAUUGGGGUUCUUGAACAACCCUAUGUUAAAAGGCUUGUCUUGGUUUACCACAAUUUGGGAAAUUUAUCUGAAAAUUUUUACCCUUUACCUGGUUACUCAUAUUUGGCACCAGUUCUCGGCCUUUUAGCUUAUAGUGGUGCCAAUUUAACAGGUCAAGAUUUGCCUGAACUCAAUUUAGUUACUUCUGAUAACUCAAUUUUGAUUAACUUCAAGGAUGUGAAGAAAUUUCCCAUUGGUUUGGUUCCAAAAUGUGUGUUCUUUGAUCUACAUGGUUCAGUUCAGUUUGAUAUUUUGUUACCUGGAAAUGUUUGUUUCACAACAGAACAAGGGCACUUCUCAAUUGUUGUUGAGAGCAGCAAGAUUGCACCUUCACCGGAACCGGCUGCUGUCGCCGCUAACUUUGGCGACGAACACAAUCAUCAUCAUGGUGGGAACAAGGACAUGUCUAAGGUUUGGAUCAUUGUUGCAUCUGUGUUUGGAGGGUGCAUUGUGUUCAUCAUAUUGAGUUUGUUGACUGUUAGAGUUAAGAGAGCAAAGAGGAGCAUGAGGAUUCAGCAAUUGGAAUUUGCAGCUGAGAGCGAUGAAACUUUGCAUAUGGCAUCAAUUGGUGGAACUAAAGCACCAUUGGCUGUGGGAACUAGAACAAGGCCAAUGAUUGAAAAUGAUUACAUUCCUUAGUUGAUUUUUUGUAACUUUUUAGUGUCACAUUCCUUUGUAGAAUCAUAAAAUUUUUACCUUCAUUGCAACCAUUGAUUUCUCAUUGUUCAUAGUGAGUUCAGAUGUUUUAGGAUCUCAGUUUGCUUGGUUUUAUCAAUUAGUAUUGAUUGGUUUGAAUCUCAUAAUCUCAGCAUACAUUAUAUGACCAAAAGAAAGUUUCUAUGGAAUCAUACAUUCUGUUGUCUAUUA